CCCUUCCAAGGCCGCUUUGGCGGUGCCGGCAGAAGGCUGUGGUGAGCAGGCUCAUGGGCAGAGGCCGGGCGAUGAGAGUGCCCAGGGGAGAUGCAAGUCCGGCAGGCCACAGGCUAAUCUGUCGCUGAAGUGGCCCCCCAGGCUGGACCUGCCCCGGCCCGGCAUGCGCCUCUCGGUGCGCAGGGCGCUGCUGGCAGCCGGCUGCGCCCUGGCCCUGGUGCUGGCCGUGCAGCUUGGGCAGGAGGUGCUGGAGUGUCGUGCGGUGCUGACGGGCCCACGGAGCCCCCGGCGGGCCAUGAGGCCGGAGAAGGAAGAGCUGGUGAUGCUGGGCACAAACCAUGUGGAAUACCGCUACGGCAAAGCCAUGCCGCUCAUCUUCGUAGGUGGCGUGCCUCGCAGCGGCACCACGCUGAUGCGCGCCAUGCUGGAUGCACAUCCUGAGGUGCGCUGUGGUGAGGAGACCCGCAUCAUCCCCCGUGUGCUGGCCAUGCGCCAGGCCUGGUCCAAGUCUGGCAAAGAGAAGCUGCGGUUGGAUGAGGCGGGUGUGACAGAUGAGGUGAUGGACUCUGCCAUGCAGGCCUUCAUCCUGGAGGUGAUCGCCAAGCACGGUGAGCCGGCGCGUGUACUGUGCAACAAGGACCCCUUCACGCUGAAGUCCUCCGUCUACCUGUCACGCCUGUUCCCCAACUCCAAGUUCCUGCUGAUGGUGCGGGACGGCCGGGCCUCCGUGCACUCCAUGAUCACACGCAAGGUCACCAUCGCUGGCUUUGACCUCAGCAGCUAUCGUGACUGCCUCACCAAGUGGAACAAGGCCAUCGAGGUGAUGUACGCGCAGUGCAUGGAGGUGGGCAAGGACAAGUGCCUACCAGUGUACUAUGAGCAGCUGGUGCUGCACCCCCGGCGCUCCCUGCAGGUCAUCCUGGACUUCCUGGGCAUCGCCUGGAGCGAUGCCGUCCUGCACCAUGAAGACCUCAUUGGAAAGCCUGGUGGCGUCUCCCUGUCCAAGAUCGAGCGGUCCACGGAUCAGGUCAUCAAGCCUGUGAACCUGGAAGCCCUCUCCAAGUGGACCGGCCACAUCCCUGGGGAUGUGGUGAGGGACAUGGCCCAGAUCGCCCCCAUGCUGGCUCGGCUAGGCUAUGACCCAUAUGCAAACCCACCCAACUAUGGCAACCCUGACCCCUUCGUCAUCAACAACACACGCCGGGUCUUGAAAGGAGACUAUAAGACACCAGCCAAUCUGAAAGGAUAUUUUCAGAUCUCUGCAGAUGGCUUUCUUGCCAACAAGCGAAGAAGCCACAUUCCAAUGGAAAUCAGGCCUCUAAUCCAAGCAUAUUGCUUGCUAUUAAUUGCCAAAACAGGGCUGCUACUGAAGAAUGUAUUUGCCCAUGUGUGCAAAAGCGGAGUCAUUGAAGAGGAACCUUGAGACUCUUCGGACAUUCCCAGCUGGAGAGCGAAGAGUGUGGAAAGCAGUCCGGUUUGGGAAACUUAGGUAUUUCAUAUUUUUCCCCUCAAGAACUUUUUUAAAGAAGUGGAUUUGCCAUCCUCCUUAAUUUGCAGGACUGCCUUGGUGGCUUUGUUUGCUGAGACAAGGCCCACAACCUGUGCCUCGCCUGUUGACCCUGACUUUGAAUUCAAAGAAUCUAUUUAAAAAUCUUAAUAUAUGAGACUUUCUUUGAUUUCUCUUCAAUUCUACUCAAUCUAACAGAGAUAAAGGAGUUAUUUGAAUAAAGUGAACAGAGGCUCA